AUGAAGAAAUAUAACUACUCCGUCAAAGAGAUAGAACGUAUGAGAAACGACUAUGCUGACUUAAAGAAAGAAGCAGAGAAACCAGCAGAAGAUAAAAUGGACAUGUUGACAUUUCUAAACAAAAACUAUCCAACUGCUGACGAUUUCCUUCUAUCUGACGUCAAGAAGAAAUAUAAAGAAACAUUCGGCAUUGUUAAAACUUUUGACAUACUGACAGAAGAAAUAGAAGCUACAAAACUGUUUAGGAUUUCAAAUAUACAUCGUACAAUUCAUGUAAAACGCUUAUAA